AUGGCUGCGAAUAGUAUUCAUAAUAUUGAUGAUCCUAUAACUGAUCUUAAUAAAACACAACUUGUCCCUGAAAAAAUUAUAACUGGUAUUAGAAAUGUUAUAACCGAAGAACUUGCAAAAGCUGAAAAACAAAUUCAAGUAGAAGUUCAAAAUCAUUUAAUUACAACAAAUCGUCUGAUUGAUGUUGAACGAAAACUUAGCGAACAAGAAAAGAAAAACAUGGAUCAAGAAAAAAAAAUCACGGAUCAAAAAAAAGAAACUGAUGAUUAUAAGAAAAAUAUUUUGGCCCAACAACAAGAAAUUGAUAAACAAAAAACAUCAAUUUUGGCUCAACAAAAAGAAAUUGAUAAACAAAAAACAUCAAUUUUGGCCCAACAAAAAGAAGUUCAAGAUUUACAAACGAAAUUGGAUAAACUUGAAAAAAAGAACUGCUCAAUUAAUAUAUUUAAAACCAUUACAACUGCUGUAGCUGUUGCCACAUUAGCUACAAUUAUACACAAAUAUAUAAAAUAA